AUGGAAAAUACUAACAACGAGGAUAUUGAUGACAUUGAUGGAGGUGGACUUAGUGGACCGCAAGCAGAAACUGAUGACGCUGAUGACAGUAAUGUUGGUGUGGACGAUGGUCUUCUAGCCGAUAAUGAAAAGCGAGGCGGCUGUCGGGUUGGAUGUCCCAUGCCGAAUGGUUGUAACGGUUGUGUGGAGAGGCCAGCACCCGAUUUAAAUGUAUACCAGAGUAGGAAGACACUGGCACAGGGUAUGAUGGACUUGGCGCUGUUCACGGCGAAUGCGCAUCAACUGCGUCAUGUGUGGGAGACUAAAUCCCAUCAACCAUAUUUUUAUUUCAGUAUAGUGUUCAUUUCGGUGAGCAUCUUAUUCCAGAUUGCCGUCGGCAUCGGACUUAUAUGGAAUUACAGAUACGAUAUUAAGAACGAGGAGGAAAUCCGUCAUGCGUACAGAAAUAAUAAUUACACACUCCUUGGCAUUUUCAUGAUAACCAUUGUCAAUGUGUUAAUCUCAGUUUUUGCCGUUCAGGAACAAGCACCCGUUUUUCCUGAAUCCACAACUGAUUGCGUGCCGUAAUUUAAAUCUCUUUAAAUCUGCGUCUGAGAAAAUAAUCGCGACUUUAUUCAAAAUUCAC